AUGAUUUCAGAUUCCUAUUCUUCCCCAAUAAGCACCCCAUCUCCUGCCUCAUCUUCAACACUAACAACUACACCCAUCUUAACACACGGUGAAUUUCGAUCCUCGCCGAAAUAUUCAUCCUCAGACUAUCCACUUCCAACGAGAACGACUGGUGUUCCAAUAAAUUGUCUCGUAAAUGCAUCAGUCACGAUAGUCCCGAGUGGGAAUAAUUGGGACCAACCGCCUGAGUAUCUUUAUGUCUUUGGUGGGUUUCAUCAAUAUACAGAUGAAGUUUAUAAUGAUUUAUAUAGAUUGAAUGUGUCAGAAAUGAAAUGGGAGGAUGUGAUCUAUUUGAAAAAUUCACCUCCAUCAAAACGAAAUGAUCAUACUGCAUCGCUGUGGAAUGACGAUAAACUAGUAAUAUUCGGUGGAAUGGAUGCAGAAGAUCAGUUCUGCAAUGAUAUUGUUUAUUUAAAUUUGAAAACAAUGACGUGGGAAAGACCAGUGGUGCAAGGGAAUAUUCCACCUGGCAGAGCCAAACAUUCGGCCACAAUUUAUCAAGAUAAAUUGUAUAUCGUGGGCGGUACAAUGGAAGAGGGAGAGGUUUUAAUGGGCGUUAAUUGUCUGGAUUUAAUUACGUGGACAUGGGAAGAACCUUUUACCUUCGUGAAAAGACAUUCACAUUUUUCGUUUGUAUAUCAGGGUCGACUUUUCGUCUAUGGUGGAUAUACGGAAGAAAUGGACCGUGAGAGUUCAUUGGCGGUGAUAGAUCUUCAAACUAAAUCAAUAUCAAAAAUUGAUAUAAUGAGUGAUAUCGCUCCAGAAAUGAAUGGUCAACAUUUUGCACAAUCAUGCGGUGAUAAACUAAUGGUCGUAGUAACACAAUCACCAAAAUACGGCGCACAAGAAGUCAAUACCGGAGUUUGGGCGCUCGAUCUAAAAGUUUUUCAAUGGGAUCAGCAUAAAGGUGGUGAGAGACUUGUUCAGGGUAAUUGGCAUUAUUUUGCUAUGGCAGAACAUUCGCCACGAUUCUUUUUAUUUGGCAUGGACGAGAAAGAUUCGGACGAAUAUUUUUCAAACGUGUUAUGUGUAGAUCUCCAAGAAUAUGGUAUACUUCAAAUUCCACCUUCAUCAAUGUGCAUGGAUUUCCGUAACUUAUUUGAUGAUCAGACCACGUCCGAUUUCACUAUUCGAGCUCAAGAUAUGGAUUCGAAGCCAAUCAGCGUACACAAAAUUAUUCUUCUUGCUCGAUGGCCACAUUUCAACAACAUGAUCAGUUCGGGCAUGACAGAAUCGUUUAGCACAACGUUAACGAUUCCCGAGUCCUAUCCAACUGUGCACGCCUUUAUCUUGUUUCUUUACACCGACAAUAUCGAUGAAACUCUUCCCACUCAAAUCACCGCUGAUCUCCUAAUCCUUGGUCACAUGUACUUCCUUCCUAGAUUGAUUGCGUUAUGCCGUCUUCAACUAAAUCAGAAUCUAGAAGUUGAUAACGCCGCGAUAAUCUAUCAUUGCGCUUCUGUCGCCGGUGAAAAUGGCCUAAAGAAACGUGCUCUUCGAUUUAUAAACACUAAUUUCGGCCCCGUCUCUAAAACAAAUGGGUUUAGAACAUUACCAAAGUCAGUCUUGUUCGACUUUUUGGACAGUCUUCCAGAAAAGGCAAAAAUUAGUGUUAAUGACGACGAUGAAUAG